CUUAAUUUUAAAAUCUUCAAUUGAUUCAUUUUCUUAAUAAUUUUAAUAUCAAUUAAUAUCGAACAAUGAGAGACAAUGAAUGUAUUAAAAUUAUUGGAACAAAUGUAAUUUUAGUGCCUUACAAAGAAAAACAUGUUAAAAGAUAUCAUGAAUGGAUGAAGUCAGCAGAAUUACAAUAUUUUACUGGUUCAGAGAGUUUAACAUUGGAAGAAGAAUUUCAAAUGCAAAAGCGAUGGCAUCAAGAUCAAGAUAAAUGUACUUUUAUCAUUUUAGAAAAAGCUAUUUAUACUGAAGGUGAAAAUGAAAUAGAAGCUAUGAUUGGAGAUACAAAUUUAUUUUUUAAUGAAUUAGACCAGCCAAAUACUGCAGAAAUUGAAAUUAUGAUAGCAAAUAUUAAUUGUAGAGAAAAAAAAAGAGGUUGGGAGGCAAUAAUUCUAAUGAUGCUUUAUGGAAUUGACAAAUUAAAUGUAACAAAAUAUAUUGCAAAAAUUAAAUGUGAUAAUGAAAAGAGUAUAAAAAUGUUUGAAAAAUUAAAAUUUCAUAAGAUAGUGAAACGAGAUAAAACGAACGUAAUGUCUCUAUCUAAAAUAUUACAAAAAUUGAAAAAUUCUAUGCAGAAAAGACCAUUAUUCUUUAAUUCAAUAAUGUACGGUUCUUUUUAUACUGGUGCGGAAUUCACGCAACAAACUUAUAAUAGAAUGUUUAAGUUUUCGUUAUCAUCAACAUCAAUAAACAUAGAAGAAACAAACACAUUUAAGAUUGAAAAACCGCUGUUUAUUUGGAUAAAAAAUUUUAAUCAAAUGGAUUUAUUAAAUAAGAAUAACACGAUGCAAAGUUAUAAUUGGGCCCAACUCAAGCGAUAUGCUAUUUAUGGUUGUUUCAUUGCAGGACCACUACUACAUGGAUGGUACAAAUGGUUGGAUAUGUUCUACAAAGGCAAAACUAUGAAAAUUGUCCUCACAAAAGUUUUAAUCGAUCAAUUUGUUUUUACGCCACCAUUAAUUACACUAUUUUUUAUAAGUAUGAGCUUGAUGGAGAAUAAAUCAAAUAUAUUUGAUGAAUGUAAAGCAAAAUUUUUUCAAACAUUUAAGUUGAAUUUUUUUUUUAUUUGUAGACAUCAUGUAUAUACUGGUUACCAGUUCAAUUUUUUAAUUUUCUUUUAGUACCACCAGUAUUACGAGUUUCUUUUGUUAGUAUUGCAGCUUUUUGUUGGGUAAACAUUCUUUGUUAUUUAAAAAAUAUUCCUGUAUCUGAAUGUAAUGAUAAUAAAAUAAAAUAUUGAUUUUUUGUAUUAA